CCUCCGACCUGCGUGCGCUGCCCGCCCGGGGCUCGCUCGCGGAGGCGGAGGCGGAGAGGGGCUCCCGGCGGCUUCCUCGCGGAAGCACGGCCCGCCUCACUCGGGCUCUCCGGACCCACAGACAGACCCCGACUGCCGGACAACUACACGCAGGACACUUGGCAGAAGCUCCACGAGGCGGUGAGAGCCGUGCAGAGCAGCACCUCCAUCAGGUACAACCUGGAAGAGCUGUACCAGAUCGGAAGUGAGGGAAGUACUCGGAACGCGAGCGUCUACAAGCCAUCUACAAGAACAGCUGUUGAAAAUCUCUGUUCUCACAAAGUUUCCCCGACGCUCUACAAACAGCUGCGCCAGGUCUGUGAAGAUCAUGUGGAAGCGCAGAUCCUGCAGUUCAGAGAAGACUCGCUAGAUAGUGUUUUAUUUUUAAAGAAGAUUAACACAUGCUGGCAAGAUCAUUGCAGACAAAUGAUCAUGAUCAGAAGUAUUUUCCUGUUUUUGGAUCGCACUUACGUACUCCAGAAUUCCAUGCUUCCUUCUAUCUGGGAUAUGGGACUGGAGCUGUUUAGAAACCAUAUCAUCAGCGAUAAAGUGGUUCAGAGUAAAAGUAUUGAUGGAAUCCUGCUGUUGAUUGAACGAGAAAGAAACGGCGAAGCCGUGGAUCGGAGCUUAUUACGAAGUCUGCUGAGCAUGCUCUCCGGCCUCCAGGUGUAUAAAGAUUCAUUUGAAGUGAAAUUUUUGGAAGAAACUAAUUGUUUGUAUGCUGCGGAAGGCCAGAGAUUAAUGCAAGAGAGAGAGGUUCCAGAAUAUCUUAACCAUGUAAGUAAGCGUUUAGAGGAAGAAGGAGACCGAGUAAUCACGUAUUUAGACCACAGCACACAGAAACCACUGAUUGCUUGUGUGGAGAAACAGCUGUUAGGAGAACAUUUAACAGCAAUUCUGCAGAAAGGGCUCGACCAGCUGCUCGACGAGAACCGAGUGCCCGACCUCGCCCAGAUGUACCAGCUGUUCAGCCGCGUGAAGGGCGGGCAGCAGGCCCUGCUGCAGCACUGGAGCGAGUACAUCAAGACUUUUGGGACAACAAUUGUCAUCAAUCCCGAGAAGGACAAAGAUAUGGUACAAGACCUGCUGGAUUUCAAGGACCGGGUGGACCACGUGAUAGAGGUGUGCUUCCAGAGGAGUGAGAGGUUCAUCAACCUGAUGAAGGAGUCCUUUGAGACCUUUAUCAACAAGAGGCCGAAUAAGCCCGCAGAACUGAUAGCAAAACAUGUUGAUUCAAAAUUGAGAGCGGGCAAUAAAGAAGCGACAGACGAGGAGCUGGAGAGGAUUCUCGACAAGGUCAUGAUAAUAUUCAGGUUCAUUCACGGGAAAGAUGUCUUUGAAGCCUUUUAUAAAAAAGAUUUGGCAAAAAGACUCCUUGUUGGAAAAAGUGCCUCAGUAGAUGCUGAAAAAUCCAUGUUGUCCAAACUGAAGCACGAGUGCGGCGCGGCGUUCACCAGCAAGCUGGAAGGCAUGUUCAAGGACAUGGAGCUGUCCAAGGACAUCAUGGUGCAGUUCAAGCAGUAUAUGCAGAAUCAGAGUGACCCAGGCUCUAUAGAUCUCACAGUGAAUAUACUUACAAUGGGAUACUGGCCAACAUACACACCUAUGGAAGUGCAUUUAACUCCGGAAAUGGUUAAACUUCAGGAAAUAUUUAAGACAUUUUAUCUUGGAAAACACAGCGGUCGAAAACUUCAGUGGCAAACCACGUUGGGCCAUGCUGUUUUGAAAGCAGAGUUUAAGGAAGGAAAGAAGGAGUUCCAGGUGUCCCUGUUCCAGACGCUGGUGCUUCUCAUGUUCAACGAAGGGGACGGAUUCAGCUUUGAAGAAAUAAGAAUGGCCACCGGCAUAGAGGACGCCGAGCUGCGGAGAACGCUGCAGUCCCUGGCCUGCGGCAAAGCACGUGUCCUGGUCAAGAGUCCCAAAGGGAAGGAGGUGGAAGACGGGGACACGUUCAUGUUCAACGGGGAGUUCAAGCACAAGCUGUUCCGAAUAAAGAUCAACCAGAUCCAGAUGAAGGAAACUGUCGAGGAGCAAGCCAGCACCACCGAGAGAGUGUUUCAGGACAGACAGUAUCAGAUUGACGCUGCUAUUGUCAGAAUAAUGAAGAUGAGAAAGACGCUUGGUCAUAAUCUUCUGGUUUCUGAAUUGUAUAAUCAGCUGAAAUUUCCAGUAAAGCCUGGAGAUUUGAAAAAGAGGAUCGAAUCUCUCAUAGACAGAGACUAUAUGGAGAGAGACAAAGACAAUCCGAAUCAGUACCACUAUGUGGCCUGACGGGCCGGCCGCCUGUGUCCUCAGCAAGACCCUAGAAUGUGUCUUGGGGGCGGGGAAGCAAUUCUGUGCUGUUUCCAGGGCCUCUGGCGUGGAGCCAGCACGGAGACUUCGGGGUUAGGAGAGGGUGACUCGGGCGGCCCUUCACGAAGCCCGAGGGUUUGCUGGCGGCAUGGGUCUUUCCCUCCAUUUUUCCCUCUUACUCGUUCCAGUGUUUCAUUGUUCCCGUUGCUCUGUGCAGAAUGACAUUGAGCUCGGACGAGAAGACGUUGGGUUGCUCCCGCAGCAGGCCGCUGAGAGGUCGGGGGGGGGGGUGAGCACGAGCGCACGUUAGAAAGCCCCCCGUGCUGCGUGGGGGCCUCGGAGCCGGCGGGCGCGCCCCUCCUGCCCGCCGUCCCCGCCGUCCCCGCCGUCCCCGACCGGAGCCCCUCGUCAGCGAGCGUUCGGAAGAAACGGUGUCAAAACAUACCUCUGUUCAUUUCCUUCCUUUUCCACGUUUUACACUCUGAUGACUGACUUUUGAGAGCAAGGUCUCCCCUCGAGACACGGGCGGUGGGGGGUGCCCGCUGCGGUGAGCUCCGAGCGUCUUUGUUCUACUUCGCUGAGUUGUUGGUGAGUUUUCUGCUUCGGGGUGCAGGGGGUAGUGUGUGCUCACGCUUCCAAGAUUGCGUCCCGCGGGGACGGCCCCUGCAAGCAGCGUGGCGGCAGUGACGGGCUCUCGGGCCCUGGUGGCGGGAGCGGGGCGAUUUUGUCAGAAGAUUAAAAGGGUUUUUUGGGCGCCUGGUUUCCUGUUGUGCAGGUGAGGUGGGGGGCCGGUGGCGUCAGUGCCGCGCGCUGUAACGUUUCAGAGUUCUUUAUAUUUUAUGUAGUAGCAGGUUUCGUUUUGAUUAAAAGCUACCAAAGGAAUUUUGAUCAUGGUAUAAAUGUUUAAAGCAAUAUUUUCUGGAAUAUACCAAGUUUAUAUAAUUUGAUUUUGUGCUAAAUUAUUAAAAAUUUCUCUUUAUGAGACAUGCUUGUUUAAAAUAUGACAUCUUAUGGGUUUCCAUGUGAAAAUCUCGCCCUUCAAGUAUCCUCAUUAUUUCUAUAUUUGUAAAUUUUCAUUUGUGAGUUCUAUGAUUUGUGGUCUAUAAAAGACCAAAUAGAUUUCUAUUUCUUAAACUUUAUGUUCAUUAUCUCUAGAGAUUGUUAAUAUUGUAAUUUAAUGUAGACUUACUCUGAAUAAAAUUAGUUUAACUGGCCUUAAAAUCACAUUAAUAAAACUUGUGCUGUGCGAACUACA